ACCAUCUCCACGUGAAUUUUCAAAACAAAUUUCUUGAAGCUCACGAAAAACCGCCCCGAAAAAAUGCAAGAAGACUUAAAUCACGUCAUGGAGUUCUCUUCUGACGGAAAAUUCUUCGCCUACAUCGACGAAGCAGGCAAACUAAAAAUCUGGGAUACCGAAAAGAACCAAUUACGUCAAGAAUAUGUGCCGAAUUUGCAUCUUGCCUCGCCGAUAACGUGCUUGAAAUGGAUCGAAGUUGCUCGUAGCACGAAAAAAACGCCAAAAAAGAAGCAAAAGAAGGAAGAUUUGAAAUUUUAUUUGGUUCUCGGGACAAGUAGCGGCAAAGUUGUUUUGUAUUCCUUCGCCGAGGGGCAAAUCGAACGCGAAUUCACGGGAAACGGGCAUUCUGAUGCUGUUACAGACUUGUUUUAUGAUGAUGGGGAGUUCAUUUACAGUUGCGGCAACGAUGCAAAAGUCGUUAAAUGGACUUUGGCUGAUGGCGGAAAGGAAGUUCAGGCAUUCCAAGCGGGAAAACAGAAACUUACAGCGAUUGCGGUGAUCGAAAAUUUCGUAAUUGUCGCAGCGCGAGGCAUAAAAGUGUGGAAUCUCGCGACAGAAACGUGCGAAAAAUCGUUUACAGGCCAUUCGGGUGUCGUAACUUUACUGAAAACCUUCACGCAUGACGGGAAAAAUUAUUUUUUGAGUGUCUCGAGAACCGAACGGAUCGUCUCGAUGUGGUGUCUCGAAGCUGAGGGCGAAAAUUCCGUCGGAUCUUUCGUCACAGAUGACUCGGUAGUGCAAAUUAGCUUAAAUGUCUUCAACGAAACGCUCAAAUUGACGGCAGUGAAUCGCGUGGGAGUCGUUCAUUACUACGUGCAAGACAUGCAAAAGAUGAAAACAGCAAAACCCGUCAAAAAACGCCUAAAUUUGCAAAUUGUCUCGGAAGCGGUGAAUAAUGUGAGUGAACCAAUUCCCGUUGUGGCUUGCGUUAUGGGGCAUGGGGACAACGAAUUGCUUGUCGCGUAUGGCGAUCGAAUGUUGCUGAAGUUUGAACAUGUUCAACCGGACCAAAGUUUGAAGGAAAAUAUUUUGAUUCGACAAAAUCCGAAGAAAUUCAAGAAGCAAAGUGAGCUGGAUGCACAAAAGCCGCACAAUACAGUCGUGCCGAUAGUCGAAAAAGGGCAAGUUGAGUAUUUGAAUCAAGUGACGGCGAGUAGAAAAGACCUCAAACCGAUCGAUACGCCGCUUGCGACGAGAUUGGAGAACUUGAGCAUGGGAAAAGUUGGGGAGCCGCAACCGAAAAAUAUGGCGAGAUUGUUGAUUCAAGGACUUCACAGCAAAGAUGCAAACAUCCUAAGAACAGUUUUCCAAACAUCCGAUGUCGAAGGUAUCCGAACGACACUUUCAAAGCUUCCGCCACAGUACAUCAAGCCUCUUGUUCAUGAACUUUCGUUACUCAUGCAGAUGAAAACUGUGCAUGUUCAAAGCUCCGUUAUUUGGCUAAAAACUCUCAUUCAAACGCAAAUGAGUCAAUUGAUGGCAUUAGGAAGCGAUAAUUUAAAGGAUAUUUUCGGUACUUGUCUUGGCAUUAUCGAUCAUCGACUGUUUGAUUUGCCCGCAUUGAUGAUGCUGAACGGAAGAAUGGAUUUAAUAGCGACACAAUUGACGAACAAAAGCAACAAAGACAUGGACAACGAGAUAGAUUUGUCACAAAUGUUGGUUUUUGAGGACAAAAGUGACGAUGAAGAAAAUUUGCAUUUGGGUGAAGAAUCCGACGAUGGAAACUUGAAUUGGGACGACGAUUCGGAGGAAGAAGAUGUCGCAGAUGAAGAAAUGGGAGAAGAAGGCGAUGAAAAUGUUAGGAGAGCCUUAAAGGACAGCAGUGAAGAUGAGAGUGAGAGUGAAAUGGAUACCGAUUGAGUUGAUUCUUAGUUAAAAUAGGCAUAAAUAAAUGAAAAUUAUUUUCAAAAGUUAAAAUUUCUCGUAAAAAU